CUCAUGAUAUCCUUCAAUCUUCGACGUAAGAAAAUUGUCUAAGCGCGCUCCUGUGUGUUUCAUUCUGGACUUCUCUGAUGCAUCAGAGCCCCAUAUCUAAACACCCUUCUGGAGUGGGUUUUUGUAGAAUUGUUUUGGCUCCUUCUACUUUCCGUAUUAUUGCAACUAGGUAGUAGGACUAACGUCAAAUACAACAGCACAUAGAAGACCUUCACCUUACACAGAAACGACACGUCGUUAAGGACAUCAAUCAAACUAGGUCUUAACGACGUCUUCUCUUUGUAACGAGGAUCAACAUCAGAAUCAAAAAGAUGUCGCGUUCUAUCUAUGUUGACAGUGCCCUGCACGUUGUCAAAGGUGCUUUGGUUUCCGUCCUGCGCAUCCCCACAGGCAGGACAACGACGACGGUGCAGAACAAUGCAACAGCCAAAACUGCAACUGCAACGGGAGCCAGUACUGUCACAACACAUGGUGGUAGCAUAACAGUUGCAAGCGUUGCCGCGUUUGAAAAGAGCCAGGAAAAAAAGAUCCAAGAGGCUGUUGACGAGAAAGUGGCAGAAAAUGCGCCUUAUCACAUCUACAGAAUGGAUCGCAAAGAAGCGGAGCAAUUGUACUUAGAACUUAGACCACAGUUCUAGGUGUUCGUGUUGUCUACCUUGUUCGAGGAUGACAGUGACACGAAGACGACUUAUGAGUAUAACGCAAUAUUUUGCAGCUCUCCUGAGUAGCUACAUGUUACAGAAAUUCGUAUCAACCAGAACCACUUUCACUGAUACAUUUAAUGACAAUCUAUCAUCAAACAAGGUAUGGCGAGACGAUGUACGAUCAAUUUCCGGUCCCUGACAGCGUAACGUCGCUCCGACUCUGCCGUCUCCCAGGAUGGAACUUGAAUUGUCAAGUGAACCCGGUGCUCCAACAUACUGGUUUGCUCGGCAAGGUGACCUUGACCAAAUUUACCUAUAAUGCAGACAAGAAGACACUGAAGGUGACCAUCGACUGCGUGCCGAUCCCUGGAGAAG